AUCUUUUUGAAAAGCAAAAAACUCUAUAUUUCAAAUUAUAAAGUUUCUUUUAGAGAUGCUCUAACCUAUUAAACUAUCAACAUAAAUAUCUUGGCUUGAAACUCGUAUAUAACAUAAAUAUAGUUGCUAUACUUUAACUAGUUUCAAAAACAAACACAGAUUACUAAAAGUUUAAAGAUAAAAAUAUCUAGCAUUUAGAAUAUUUAUUUUUCUUAAAAAAGAAUCGAAAACCAUAAACCUGUACAUUUCAAAUAUUUAUUUUUCUUAAAAAAUGAAUCGAAAACCCUAAACCUGUAUCCCGUCCCGUUUUCUAUAAAUUGAUUCAAAAGUCUUUUUUUUUUUGAUAUCCGUGGGGAUCCGGCGACCGAGGUCAACCGACUAAUCCCACGAGGCCCGUGUUGACAUGAAGCAGAAUUAAACAGCUAGGCUCGAGAAUUAAGCUGCCAGACUUGAGAAUUAAGCUGUCAGACUUGAGAAUUAAGCUGCCAGACUUAUAAGGUUUUAUAAAGCUUUUAUAAGGCUUUAUAAGGUUUUAUAAGACUUUAUAAGGGUUUUAUAAGCUCGAUUUUAUUGAAGAGAAGAAGAAGAGAGAAGAAGAUAUUUUAUUAUAUUGUGUACUGAGGUCACUUGUCUUUAAAUACUUGUACCCAGAUCCACAAUUAAAUUAAGGAAACUAUUAUCUCCUUUUUUUCUCUUACAUCUUGAGAUCUACUUUCUCUCUCUCUCUAUGUUCUUCAUGUUCUUCAUUCUCCAUAAAUAAACUCUCAAUAAUUCUCUCAUUCUAACAGUCCACAGCAGCCACGUAAUUUUCACCCCAGGAAUUAGCAGGGAGGGUCCGGAUGGCCACAGGAGGUUUCGAAGCUGGGUCCGUAUUGGCGGGGAAACUGCCUCAAGACCACUAGCCCACCACCCUGUGGUUGAUUCAAAAGUCUUUCCCGUCCCGUUUUCUAUAAAUUGAUUCAAAAGUCUUUUUCAAAUGGCUUCAUCAGAUGAUGUUGGGUUCAGGUGCUUUGUUCGCGGUCUUGACAGGGAAACUGAUGAGAAUGUUCUUAAGGAAGCAUUUUCAAAGUUUGGCAACGUUAUCGGUUCUAAAAUCAUGAGAGAUGGUGUGAUGGGAACUUCGAGAAGAUGUGGAUUCGUUACUUUCGAGGAUGAGAAAUCCAUGAGAGAUGCCAUUAAGGAAAUGCACGGUCAGAAAAACACGACUGGGUUUGUGUGCUUUGUUCAUCGUCUGGACCGCGAUACUGAUGCAGAGCGUCUUGCCUUUGCAUUUUGCAUGUUCGGCGAGAUUACAGAUUGUCAGAUCGCUUACGAUAUCAGAGGAAAAUCGAGAGGACAUGGUUUUGUAACUUUCAAGGACGAGGAAUCUAUGAGAGAUGCUGUUUUGAUGAUGGACGGCCAUGAGAUUGAUGGUUGCCAAAUACGUGUGGAAGAGUCUCACAGAAAUAAGGGAGUUUCUCGAUUCUUGACUGUGGUUGAAGCUCCUCCUGACAGACCCCUAAGGAUAUUUUCGACUAUAUAAAAUAACCGUCUACAGCUUCUGUUUGCAACUGUUUUAAGUAAACCCAAGUCGUUUUGUGAUCGCUAUCUUUACGACUUUACCAAGAUAUCAUUUGAUUAUUUACGUAGAAGCACAAUACUGUGUCUUAUUUAGUCGGAAUGUGAUCACUUGCAGAAGAUUAAUAUGCCCAAAAUAUACCCAACUGAAGAUAGUGAGAGCACGUAAGGAUUAGUUACCCAAAAUGCAUCCACGGGUUAAAUAUCUCUUAACCAAAAACAUAAUAUUCGUUUGAGUGAGACCAUCUUAGUGCAAAUAUAAACGAACAAAUUAAGGCCCAAGAAUGGCAAAUUAAAGAUUCAUUACAAUUAGUACUAAGUUUCGUAUGAAAAUUUUGUACAAAAGCUAAAAGAAUAUGUUCACCCUUUCGUAUCUGGUUGUUUGUAACACUUUUUUAGAUGUCCAUUACUCCAUUAUACAAAACAAUUCAUAAGAAAAAAAAAAUGCUUCCUCUUAUAAAGCUUAUAAUGAAAAACUUAGUGGAAAAAGAGCCAAACUUGCAUUAACUCUUCCUCAUGAGAACAUCACUUAAGAAACGAGACUGUAGACCGAACCUAUCUGGCAGAGAUCCAUCAGAUUGAAGGUAUGAGUGGAGAAUUUCAUAGUCAGAAUCAUUAAAAUCCGCACAGUAAUUUUCUAUUAAAAGUUUCGUCACUUUCGCUCAGGUUUGGUCUGUGAUCGUGGUCUUACAUCGGGUGAUCUCAUUGGUGUAUUGAUGCUUCCGACAAAACAAAGGCGUAUGCGAUUGUGCAUUUACAGGAUGUCCAAGCUGCGCUUCAAGCCUGCAUACAACCCAUACACUGAACCAAGUAUGGAGAUUUCAGGCACAUUCGAACAAAACAUCAUCUCUAAAAAGACCCCAAUAAAUUUAAAAAAGCUGACAUUGAAGAUAUUGUGUCUGCUGCUUUUUAUCAGCUACCAUGAGAACUAGGGAAAUGGCUAGAGAUUGGAAACUCUGGCAUGUUCAGACCCGAAAUUCUACAGCCAAUGGGUCUACCAGAGGAUGUUCAAGUCAUUGCAUGGGGUCUCUCUCUUGAAAGGUACAUUAGAAAGAUAAGAGUUUCAGUGACAUUUUUCUUUAAUCAUAGAAAGUUUGCUGAUUCUUUUCUGGUUUUGCUUCAUAAACAGACCAACAAUGAUUUUCUCCGGGAUUAAGAACAUCCGCGAUCUGUUUGGACACAAGGUACAAGAUCUUACUUACCACAACAUAUCUGAAUAAAGGUAAAUAGUAAUUCUCAUUUUUAUUGGUAUACACAGGUGGAUCUUCAUCUCAUUAAACAGAAUCCCAUAUGUCGCAUAGGAAUCGAGUCAGCUUGAUUUGGAUACAUGCAAAGUGCUGUACACAACCUAUGAUCCUGCAAUUUUACUCUUUUGUUUAUCUCGUAUCAUCAGUUGAUGAUUAUAUCAUCUGUUUUUUUUUUUUUAGAUAAAAUGUUAAAUUAUUAUACCAAUUUUUGGAUUUGUGACAGAAGAUACAAAGACAACUUCUAGCGGAGAACAGAAAAUAAACUAAACAAUAAGUCGAAACGGAAAUUGACGCAGCUCGAAAUAGAGCUGAACAAAGCCUUACAACCAGCUAAGCAACGAGACGAGCUAAGACCAAAGAAACCGGAACUGGUCGGGAUCAAGCACCGGGCACCACGAGCUACCGAGAGAAAGGCGCCCUCAAACUUUGAUGCUACGGCUCCUGCAGCUUCCGAAAACCCCUCCUAAACCCUGAAACGGACCAAGAAUCCAAGCACGAACACACACUCAAAGCACCCGACAGAAAUACGUCCAACGAGAGAGAACCACCUAGCGACGAUGCCUUCGUUCAGAGAAAAGCCUCCUGAAGAUUGCCGCCUCCAGUCCACCCCGCCGUGACCGUUACACCCAUUGAACCGAAAUCUCACAUAGAGAGAGUGAACCGCCAAGGGAAGCACACCGCAGGAGAGAGAGCGGGUCGAAUGUCCAACUGCCGCUCGCUAGACAAGCAAAUUAUAUCAUCUUGUUUUUAUAAGACAAUUAAAGAAUGAAGAUUUUCGUUGUAAGACCGAUUCACACACUCUUUAAUCAUUUGUUAUGCUUUGGUAGAUCUGCUAGGUGUUUAUGUUUCUUGUGUUGAUCUUUUAGAAUGUGCGGAUGCUUUGGU